GAACUGGCCAAGUACUUUUUGGCAGAACUGCUCUCAGAGCCAAGCCAGACAGAAAAUGAAGCCCUGGAGUCUGAGGACUUGUCCCGAGGGGCCGAGCAGGAUGAAGUGAGACUGGAGCUGGAGCGCUCGGCUAACUCAAACCCUGCUCUGGCGCCCCGGGAACGCAAAGCAGGCUGCAAGAACUUCUUCUGGAAAACUUUCACAUCCUGUUAGCUUUUGAAACCCAUCUUUCCUCCCUAUCCAUCCCUGCCUUCUUCCUAGCCCCUGCCCUGAGCAGAACCUUCACCACAGAGGCGAAGACUGUAAAUACACGAUCCACGGUUAUGGUGAAAUUAAAGAAACAAGGAAAAUUUGAGUUUGAUUUCCAGUUGUUUUAAUAAAACUUUCUGUUCCAAUUGUACACAGUUUGCUUGAGUUGUGAUUUCUGACUAGUUCUUCAGUGACAUGCACUCUGCAACUCUUUCAGAUGUACUAUUUUUAAUUCUUUGUUGCAAUAAAGUUUAUGUUUCAAGCGGUGA